AUGCACACUCGACGUAUAUCAAAUCUCUUACGCAAUAAGCAUAAAUAUAAAGAGUUAAUAUUUUUCGACGGUCCACAAAUUAGCUAUGCACCUAAAGGAAUCUUAGAACAAUAUUCUUCACAAGAUACUAUUUUAUUCGUAGGUAUGCAGAAAAUGCAAUGGUUGAUCUCAUUCAAUGUAAUAUUUAAGCAAAAGAAUCAGCUAUCAACGCUAAAUAUGAUUCAAGGAUUGCACAUUGCAAGUACUCCAGACCGUGCGACAGAAGCGCUUGUGGAUCUUGAUUUUUCUGCGUCUCCAUUUCAAACUUCACCACCAAUCACAAAUAAACAGAUGGGAUCUAAUGAAACUUCGAUGGUUAAUGACAUCGCGAUCCUAGAUCCGACAUUUAAUUCUGGAAGAAGUUAUUUAUCUGUACUCGAUAAUUUAUUGAAACCUCGUUUGGGGGCAAAUUUCCUUACAAGAUUUGAAAUGAUUAAUAAGGACUUCCUUGAAAGAUGCGAAUUUUCAAAGAAUGUCGUAACAUUAGAAUUCGGUGCCCAAAACCAUUAUUCGUGCGGAACACCUGGUGAUAAAUCGAUUGAUAAUUCAAAACGAAUUAUCAAUGUUGCAAAAGAAUUGACAAGGCGAGGAAUCAUGUUUGAGUCUCGUUAA